AUGGACCUGGGAAGAGUGAAGCUCCUGAGAAGCGGCGUGAACGCCCUGCAGCAAGCAAUCCACCCUGUGCACGGUCUAGCCUGGACAGACGGCAGACAGGUCAUACUCACAGCCUUACAACUUCAGAAGGAAGAAGCAGAGUUUGGAAGCUCAGUGGUGAUUGGACAGUUUGAGCAUGUUCAUGGUCUAUCUUGGGGGCCGGCAACUGAUGCCCUGGCUCACCUGGCCGUACAACACAAGAAGCGUGUCACUACAUGGCAACUCUAUUAUAACCCAUUGGAAAAAAACAAACUGGUCGUCUCACAGACCUGUGAGUAUGGAGAUCCCCUCCCCAUUCUCCCACAGGGCUGUGUUUGGCAUCCAAAGAAGAACAUCUUGGUAGUUUUAACAAAACGUGACAUCUCAGUUUUGUACUCGGCAUGCUACAACAAUAACAACGUCAAGGCAGACAUUACGGGCAGUAGUGCGAUUCGUUGUGCCUGCUGGGCGAAAGAUGGCAACCGUAUGGUGGUGGCCAUGGAUGAUUCCCUUCACAGCUAUAUAUGGAAUGAUGACCAAAAGACCUUAAGUCCUUGUUCUUUUUGCCCUAUAUUUAAUAUUGAUGCUGCAGUUGUCGCCAUUCAACCCAUCAUGGAUUGCCAAGUGGUUGUGACUGUGGAGAUGGCGGCGAAAAGUCCAUACAACAAAAUCAAGGAUUCAGAUGGAUCUGCUUUACAAUCUUCACUCCUGACAUUAGACGAAGAGUUGUCUAGGAACAGCAGAAGGAUGUCUAUAGAGUCAGGGAAGUCGGAGCCAGUAGACAUGCUGAAGGUCUCCUCGUUGGUUCCAGAUGUUUCUCAGAUCCUUGCCAGGCAUCGCAAGUCCGACCCAAGUCCACUUACUCACUUCAAACCAAAGAAUGUCUUGGUUGAAAGCAAACCAGAAUUGUCAAGUCUUGUAAUCAUUUCUUUUGAAAAGAAUGCCACAACCACAAGGACAGUGUCCCUACCAGGCAUCUCCACCCCAGAUAUACUGGUACUUGACUCUCAUGGUGAAAGAGUUGCAGUAGCAUCUAAUACUUGCAACUUAGUUUUAAUUUAUCCCAUAGCUCCAUCAUGCAUGCCCAAUAUUCAACAAAUCAAGCUGGAAGAGAAUGAAAUCGCCAAGGGAGUAUCUUUUCUUAGUGAUACACUCUUACUCAUCUUAGUCGGAAGACAAAGAUCCAACGAUGUGGCAUUUCUGCCAGUGUCGGCCUCAGACAAAUAUAUGGUGCAGUUAGUGACUAGAACAAUAAUGCCCACUGAAUACAUACCAGCAAGGUCAAAUUGUGGUCAAAAUAUAAUACCAGGUCCCUCCAGUUUGCCCACUGCUGGCUGCAAACAAUCUUCCGAUGAACACAAUGUAAGCAAAGAGUUCUGGAUGCCAAACCACAUUGGGACAGAACCUCCAUGUGCCAGACGAAAAUCUGCAGAUAAUACACAGGGCACAAUCUGCCAGCAAAGUCCAGCAUCGAGUUUGGAUGACUUGGAUGAAAAUAAGUUGGUGACAGAAUACCCUGUAACUAUAGAGAAACUUCAGUCUGAGCCAACUAUACUAAAGACAUUAAAGGUCCAACUGAGCAUGCCAAAGAGGACGCUGCAUAGGUCGAGUUCUCAGAGGUCAUGCAGCAGUGACUCUCAAGAAGCAAGGGAGAACCAUUUACCUACUCUCAACAAAGAUGGUGGCCAGGGGAGUAUAGACCUCGGGCAUCGUGAACCUCAUGAGAAAGAUUCCCAUCUGUGUUCUUCAGAAGUAAAUACCAGUUUAAAGAAUUGCUUGAAAACUUUGCCUCACCCAUCUUCUGAGGAUCCUCCUUACAUAUCCGUUAGGCACCAGAAAUCGCCGGAUCAUGGAGUGAACGAUAUGAGAGCUAUUCUCCUGUGUCAUGGACACCUUCACCUGAGAACACUGCGGGAGAUCUUUCACUUGGACAACAUUGAAAUGAAAUUUGGUUCCAAGUGGAUCAUUCUCACAGAAGAUGGAGACGGGUUCGUCCCAAUAACUUUCAGAGCCAAUCAAGAGGUUGCGAUCCGAGAGGCAAAAGAUCAGUCUGAAUCCUCCGUCUUCAGCACUGAUUCUGGUGGGUCCACAGUGGACUCAGAGAACAUGUAA